AUGCCGUUCAUCACUGGCCAGCACCAACUCGGUGUCACGGUCCAAGUCAAUGGACAGGAUCUUCCCGAGUACACUCCUCUCUUUCAAGAGGGCAACUGGUGCAUCGAGGGUGAACCCCACGAGGUUCCCGCCGGAGUGAAGUUGGAGUAUCAUCAAGUCACUCGCUUCAUCGAGGGCCGACCUGGACAGAAGCUGGCAGUCAAGAUCGAACGACCCAGGGGUUUUGUCCACCGCGGCCACCAUGUUGGAUAUUUCAUCGAGAUUGACGGCCAGCCAGAGUGCUUUGUGCACGAGCGAGGUUGGAACACUGGACGCUCGUUCAAGAAGGUCAUGGAUGGUAUCCACUGGCGCGGCACUGUCGGCGGCCCAUUUACUCGCCGCGAGUUCCAGUUCAGUGAUCUUACCAAUGGUCCCGGAAAUCGGGGCAAAGAUGAGGAGGGGAUCGAAAACAUGGGCACGAUCAAAGUUCAGGCCUUCCACAUGGAGAAAUCCAUCAUGAUGGAGCCCGGUACGGAGUACCUGGUCUCGGACCGUGAUCUGUACUACGUCGAUCAGCUCUCUGACCGAACCCUUCGUAGUGAUCGACAAACUCUUCAGGACACAGAGAUGCUCGUUGAGGGCCUCAACGUUCCCUGGAUCUCUGACCGCUACAUUGACACCCUGCCAGACAGGCGCUCGCGUCUGGCCAUCUCGCAGCCGUUCGCAACUUUCAAGUUUCGAUACCGAACCAAAGAGGCUCUGGAGAAGAAGGAAUUCGUCAUUGGAGGGCACUCUAGAGUCGCUUACGACCAGGGUCCCUACCUCAACGAGGAGUAA